GAAAUCAGAGAAGAGAAAUGACUGCCCCUGCCUUGCAAUUGCAUUUCGUCUCUCUAUCCUUCAAACCCCGCGAAACUUCUGUAGUUCAACCGAAUUACCCAAAACCCAUCUCGUUUCCCUCUUUAAAGAAAUCCAUCUCACUUUCUCGCGCCAGAAAUCCGUCGGAAUCGGUGGCACCCUCGACGUCCGUACCUGAAAAGCCCGAAAUCGAGCUCGAAUUCAUAGGAUCAAAACCAGGGCCUGAUGGGUCGUAUCCGGUAGAGAGAGCUUCGGCGAUCAGUGGAGAGAAGUUGCUGAGGAACAUCAUGCUGGAUAACAAGAUAGAGCUCUACGGUACCUACGGAAAAGUGAUGAAUUGUGGAGGUGGUGGAAGUUGUGGAACCUGCAUUGUGGAGGUUAUUGAUGGCGAGGAUCUGUUGAACGAAAGAACAAACACUGAACUCCGUUACCUAAAGAAGAAACCCCAAUCUUGGAGGCUUUCUUGUCAAACUAUUGUUGGGAACAAGGAAAAUUCUGGAAAGGUUGUCAUCCAGAGUUUGCCCCAGUGGAAGAAAUGAUUGUGAACAAAGAGAUUGGUCAUGAAAGAAGGAUCUACAACAAAUGAUUAACGCAGAAUGAAU